CGAGUCCGAGCGUCGCCGCCACCACGAAUCGUUGAAUAUUUCUUCACGCUUAGCAAAGCAAUAUCCACCCCCGUCUCCAUCAUGAUUCCCAUUCUUCCUCCCACCGGCGAGCCUGCCGAGUACAACGACAACUACAUCCUGUACUGGAACAAUCUUGCCUUGGACCUCAACCGCCUGUCGCACUCGCUCCCCACCAAUCCCCAGGGAGGCCCCGCCGCUUCCUCGCGGGUGCUGGGCAUCUUGCAUCUUGCCAUCCACGAUGCCUACUUCGCCAUCAACCCGCCUGCGGACCAGUCCUUCACCUGCUAUCUUGCCGAGCUGCCGCCGCACGGUGGCCUGAUGGAUGCCAGGACGGCCGUUGCGGGUGCCGCCAUCACGGCCCUCGAAAUGCUGUACACAACCCCAUCGGCCGGCAUCGCCACGGCCACCACGUUCGCCAUGAGGCAGACGAUUGGUCAAGCGAUUGACGGGUUCUCCAACCUGGACGCCAGGCUCCCCGAGUACCAAUUCGGCGCGGCCGUGGCGAGGGCCCUCAUCGCGCUCCUGAUCCCGCCCAACGACCCCGGCGUCGGCCAGGGCGCCUAUCGCACCAAGGAGGGCCCUUAUAAGUUCAGGGUCGAGCCGAAUCAUCCGGUGCGCCUAGUCCCCGUCGACCCCAACAACCCUAACGGCCCCAAGCAGGCCAUAGCCGAGUCCUAUGGCCCCUUUUACGGCGGCGUGCGCCGCUUCGCGGUCCAAACGGACGACCACGUCAUCGCGGACCCGCCGGCCGGCGCGGCGCGCGAGGACCCCGUCGAGGACAUCGACUCACUCCUAGACACGAUCCGGUCGGGCGUCGUGCCCGAGGACAACCGCUCCCGCCGCUCGCCGUCGCAGAACGUCACGGCCCACUUCUGGGCCUACGACGGUACCAACCUGAUCGGCACGCCGCCGCGCCUGUACAACCAGAUCCUCCGCAAGCUCGCCUUUGAGCGCCGCCCGGACACGUCCGACCUCGCGGCCGAGGCGAACAACGCCGACUUCGCGCGCCUCCUCGCGCUGUGCAACGCGGCCAUGGGCGACGCCGGCAUCUUCUCCUGGCGCGAGAAGUACACCUUUGAGAUCUGGCGCCCGCUGACGGGCGUGCGGGAGCACCCCUCGGGCCUGGGCGACCCCUUCUUCCAGACGGUCGGCAGCCCCGAGACCAACAACAACGGCAUCUCGUUCAAGCCGCCCUUCCCGGCCUACCCCUCGGGCCACGCCACCUUUGGCGGCGCCACCUUCCAGAUGGCGCGCCUCUACUACAAGCGACGCGACGGGCUCGACUUCGCCGACGACGCGCCCGACGACAUCGGCCUCGAGUUCGUGUCGGACGAGCUCAACGGCGUCAACCGCGACCUGCGCGAGGACUACGACCCGGCGCGCCCCAUCACGCAGCAGGUCGGGACGGUGCGCACGCGCGUGCCGGUGUGCUUCUCGUCGCUGUGGGAGAUUAUGCACGAGAACGCGCUCUCGCGCGUGUUCCUGGGCGUGCACUGGCGCUUCGACGCCUUUGCGGCUCGGGACGUGCUGGUGGCCAACCCGAACCCGGAGCCGGGCGCGUCGCCGUACGCGCUCAACCCUGACGGCUCGACCCGGUACAAGCCCGUGGCCGAGGUGCGGUACGAGACGCGCGCGUCCCGGUUCGACCGGGACGGGCUGUUCCCCAUCGGCGGCGUGCCGCUCGGCAUCGGCAUCGCCAAUGAAAUCUUUUCGGCUAACCUGCAGCCCACGCCCGAGAACGCGCAGCCGGGGCAGACGACGCAGGGGCUGGCCGCCGGCUCGGGCAAAGGGCAGGGGGCGCAAAGGAAGCUGAACGGGACGAACGGGACGAACGGGGGUGUGGCGGCGUGA